AUGUCCCGCGUCGCCGCGCCGCGAAUCGGGCUCAAGCCGCCGACGACGUCGCGUCCGUCGAGCGCGCGCGGAAUAGUCGCGCUUAGAGCGAAAACGACGCACCUUGAGCCCGAACAGACGAACACAGAUGUUUCAUUCAUUCAAACGACCGCGUCUCCAUGGAUCCCGCGCUCGCCGCUCAGCGACGACACGACGCCGACGCAGCGCUCAGCGUUCGUGAUCGGAUUUGUGUUGGGUGCACCGCUGGCGCUGUAUAAGAUCGCGUACGACGUGCGACGGCAGAACGUGGCGGAGCGUCGACGCGCGGCGGCGGCGGCGGAUAGGACGCGCGUCUCGAGCGCGCUGGAUGGACGACGCGACGGCCGAUUGAGAGCGGAAUCUGUCGGGAGAAUCGGUAGAAGGGCGGAGGUUCGAGCGCAGAGAAAUGUGACAGACAUUCCGAUCGCGAGUAAUAAGCCGCGGGAGGUGAAAAUGGCGAAGAAGGGCGUCGCGCCGAAGACGGCGGUGGCGACGCCGACGUCGAAGCCGAAGCCCGCGCCGGUGAAAAAGGUGAGAGGAAAACCGGUCAAGAUCACGCUCGCGACAGAAGCUGUGGUGCCGGAGGGGUAUUCUUUGAGCGUCGUCGGGGACGACGAGGCGAUCGCGAAGCCAGUCGCUCUGAAACGCGUGGGACAGAAUCGAUGGCAAGUUGUACUGGAAGUUGGAUCCGGCGAGUUGCGCUACUCGUACGUCGCGGUGAUCGGCGAUACGAUGACGAAGGAUGUGAAAGGCGAGCGCGUGCGGCAGGUCCCCACGAGUGAGAGUACACUCAUUGUCGAGACGGAGGCGCCGUCAUUUAGUUAA